CAAAUUUAGUGUAUCGAGUAUUGAACUGGGAUUGCUUGCACUAUUACAAAUUUAUAUAUUACAAGCUAUAAUUUGGAAACAGGUCUUGCAAAUAAUAUAUUUCCAACACGCUAAUGAAUAAGUGAUUCUGUUUUAUUAUCUAUUUUUUGUACUUAUUAUUCAAAAAUUAGAAUAGUGUUCUGUAUAUUCCUUAAGUAUGAUGCUUUUUAUGUUGUUGUUCAGUCGCCAAGGCAAAUUGCGAUUGCAGAAAUGGUACAUGGCUUACCCGGAUAAAGUAAAGAAGAAAAUAACUCGGGAACUGGUAACCACAAUCCUUGCACGUAAACCAAAAAUGUGCUCUUUCCUAGAGUGGAAAGACUGUAAAAUUGUGUAUAAGCGAUAUGCGAGUUUAUAUUUUUGUUGUGCAAUUGAGCAGAAUGAUAAUGAACUGUUAACUCUCGAAAUUAUUCAUCGUUAUGUGGAAUUAUUGGAUAAAUAUUUUGGAAGUGUUUGCGAAUUGGAUAUCAUUUUUAAUUUUGAGAAAGCAUACUUUAUUUUGGAUGAAUUGUUGAUUGGUGGUGAAAUACAAGAGACUUCAAAAAAAAAUGUACUCAAAGCAAUUGCAUCCCAGGAUUUACUACAAGAGGAUUUCAAUGAGUAUUUAAAUUAAAUUAAUCUUACUGUUAUUUAACUAAUUACAAAUUACUUAAGCACAAUAAUUUAUAAUGUUACAAUGUACACAACAUACUAACAUUCAUAGGUUUUAAUACACUCAGUUCCAAAUAAACCGGCCUGGGAAAAGUUGAGUUGUUUGUAAACAUUACACUUUAUAAUUUACAUAUGUACAUACAUACAUAUAUACAAAGGAUCAUACGAAUAAAUAAAUUUUUAAAAUAUUAUACAACUAUCGAUGAAUAACAAUACCAAACCGCCAAUCCCACGUUAUCCGUGUUUGCAUUACCGGUAUUUAUGCUGUCAAAUGCUGUGCUUUAACGAUCUAAGCCAUUUUAGAUCGGUAAGUAAUAUUGGUAUAAAUAGGCUACACGGUUAUUGCGUAAAAAAGUGAAAAGUUCAUCCUGAAUUCAUCACACAUUAUUUUGUCUGACCAAAUUAAAUCGUCGGUAUGCAAUUACAAAUCGGUCUUACUUUCUUACUUCAAGGGACAUAAUUUUCCCUACUACGAAUUUCUAUUUUCUAUCUCGAAAUAAAAGUCGAUGACGACAAAACUCCGACUUUCUGUGACAAAAAGCAAUUCCUAAAUAACAUUGUUGACAUACUAUGCGUAUAGUAACGUGGACGCAAUGUUCGACGCCUAACCCUCUCCUAUCUCGGACAAAGCGUUUAAGUGCAUCGUGAAACCUGAGUUAUCCUGUUUCAAUUGCGCUAUGGAUACUUUGCAAGGCAUAAAAUUUCUACUUAUAAAGACUUGACCUUGACAUAUCCAAUGUCGCCCUACAUGCAACAUGUUUCGUUAACCAAGUCUUUGUAUGACCUCCAAAUCCACUCAUCUAACUCCCUGGACCUGUGGAGUUCUUAUCAUUAUAGAGUUUUGUCUAUUUGCUACAACUGUGGCUCAAUUAUGUUUCAUCACAAUUUAUUUAAAAUGCCGAAACUAAUAUAUUAAUCAAGGUUUUACUUGUUUAAUCUUUGCGCUUCCACUAGUGGUUCAUUAUUAAAAUUUGUUUAUUAAUCGUACUCUGACGAUGAUGUAUGUAGUGUGUUAUAUCCAAUUAAAUAUUUGUUAUUUGUAUUUUAUAAUUUUAUAUAAAUUACUAUUUUAUUUUGUAUUUUGCACAUAAUUUGUACAUAUAUGUAUGUAUAAGUACAUGUAAAAAGCUGUAUGCAUUAGACUCUCAUGUUUUCAUGCACAUAUUUACAGUGUGACCCAUAAUAAGUGGCAGAGACCAAAGUGUAAUAAAAAUUAAAUAA